AUGGUCAAGGCCGCACGCGUCGGUGUCGCCGCCGCCGUUGCCGUGAGCCUCGCGCUCCUCGUGGUGCACAAGCGGCGCGCGCUCAGCGUCGCGCACAAGAAGGCGCUCACGAAGCUUCGCUUUGACUUGACGCCAGCAGACAUUGCUGCCGAGACGACAGCGAUCCUCGAGGCGUGGCGCGCCGUCGACGACGAAGUUGCGCUCGCCGAGUCCUGCACGUACGAAGAGACGGCGGCGCGGCUCGCGCAAAUCGAGCUCGAGCUGUCGCCGCGCAUUAGCAGCGUGACUUUUUUGCGCGACGUGGGCGCGACGCCAGCAUUGCGCGACGCGGCGACGGCCGCCCACGAAGCCAUCACCGCCUAUGGCCUCUACAGCAGCAUGCGCGCCGACGUCUACCGCGUCAUCAAGGCGCUCGCGGACAGCGCCGUGGGCGCGCGCCUCGAGGGCGAGAAGGGUCGGUUCGUCCAGCGCCUCGUGCGUGAUUUUGAGCGCAACGGCGUGCACCUGGAUGCACCGCUCCGGCAGCGCGUGCUCUGGCUCCAGAAGAAGAUUGCAUCGCUUGCGACUGCGUUUGCAAAAAACCUCUCGGACGAUUCCACCGAAGUGCUCUGUACCCGCGAUGAGCUGCGCGGCGUCUCGGCCGACGUGCUGACGGCCAUGGCGACCGACAAGUAUGGGUGCUUCAAGGUGACGAUGCACUACCCGAUCGCGUUAUCGGUGCUGCAGACGUGCGACGUGGCGGCGACGCGGCAGCGUGUCGAGGCGGCGUUCAGUAGCCGCUGCCAAGCGACCAAUGUCCCGAUCCUGGAAGAGAUGCUGCGCCUUCGCCGCGAAGCCGCGUCGCUCCUUGGCUUUCCAUCGCACGCGGCUUUUGUGGCCAGCAUUCGGAUGGUGCAGUCGCCCGCCAACAUCAGCUCGUUUCUACACGCGCUCGAUGCAAAGCUCACGCCGCUCGCCGAGACCGAGCUGCAAUCGCUGCUUGCGCUCAAGCACGCGACUGAACCGACGAGCGAAGACGCUUCGUUGGCCAUGUGGGACUAUCGGUACUAUCUCCAUAUGUACCAAAAGACGCACUGCGCCGUCGACCACCACGAGCUCCAAGCGUACUUCCCGCUAUGCCACGUCACACGCGUGCUGCUCGAGACGUUCACUGAGCUUUUCGCCGUCACGUUCACCGAGGUGCCCUCGCCGCACGUGUGGCACCCCGACGUCCGGAUGUUUGCCCUGCACGACGCGCGGGCUGGUCGCCGGCACGGCCACCUCAUGGGCUACGUGUACCUCGACCUCUUCCCACGCAGCGGCAAGGUCUCGCACCACGCCGCGUGCCAUGGGCUCCAAGCCACGGGGCUUGACACUGAGCUCAAACGACAGCUGCCCGUUGUGGCCUUGGUUGCCAACUUGACGCCGCCGAGCGCAACCACGCCGUCCCUGCUCCUGCACAGCGAGGUGGUCACAUUCUUCCAUGAGUUUGGCCACGUCAUGCACCACAUGUGCUCGGAAGUGCACAUUAAGCGCUUUGGCGGCACGGCCGUCGAGCGGGACUUUGCCGAAGCACCGAGCCAAAUGCUCGAGCAGUGGUGCUGGGAUGCCGACAUGCUGCGCCGUCUCUCGUGCCACUACAAGACGCAGCAGCCGCUCUCGGACGAGCGCAUCGCUACGCUCGUCGCAUCGCGCAACGUCUGCGCCGGCCUGCAGACCAAACGCCAGUUGCUGUUCGCGCUAUUUGACCAGGCCGUGCAUGGCGACGAUGAUGCAGGUGACAUGGCUCACCUCCUCGAGACGCUGCACCGCACCGUGCACUUGAUCCCGAUGACCCGUGGCACGAACGUCGCGGCGUCGUUUGGCCACCUUGUCGGCACCUACGACGCACAGUACUAUGGCUACCUCUGGAGCGACGUCGUUGCGACCGACCUGUUUGCCACGCGGUUUGCGGCGGAGGGUCUUCUAAACCAGGCCACGGGCGUCGAGUACCGCGAGAGUAUCUUGGCGCGCGGCGGCAGCGUCGAUGCGACCGACCUUGUCUCGAGUUUUCUCGGGCGGCCGCCCAACGACGUGGCAUUUUUGAACGCCAAAAUUGUCUCGUAAUGGAUAGACAAUAAUGUACGGUGCGACAUGAUGCUAG